AUGUAUGGACUCCCGGGUUCCAUCAAUUUUAUGGUCAAAGCGGAGUUCACCGUUUCUGGGACCAUGGCUGAGGUCCACGCAACGUCAGAUGUCAAACCAGCAUUGUCUAUAUCGAAUGCAGACGAAGCGCUCAUUGUUAUAGCCAUCGACACGAAUUAUGUUCGAUACGAUGAUUUGUCUGCAGAUCCCAACGAGAAGUCAUGUUUACGUGACAAUGUCAUCUCAUUAUUUUGUCUUUUUCUUACAUUCCUUCCCUUCCAUGAUAAAUUUUCAAUACGCAUAUCUUUAGGAGAACCUUCUUCCAACACAUUUUUACCAACCAAUAUUCGCAAGAACCUAGAAGAUGGCCCAGAUGCGGAUCAGGAUAUCUUCGCUUUGUACGCGCAAUAUGGAAGAUAUCUUGGCAUCGCGUCGUCUCGAAACACAGAACCUUCGAAUUUGCAAGGAAUAUGGAACCAGGUUCUCAGUCCAGAUUGGGGAAGGUAUGAUUGUUUUUUGUUGAAGAUAAGUCAGGAGCCCAGCUAUUUUCCAGAAACUCUUGAUCCACUAUGGUCUAUGAUUUCCGAAGUCGCUGAACGGGGAAAAAUUGACGCGUUGGAAACGUACAAUAUCAGCCGAGGUUGGGUAUGUCAUCAUAAUACUGGCAUUUGGCGCGAUUCUGCCCCUAUCGAUGCUGCCUUCUACGGCUUU